AUGAAUCUCUUAGCUUGGAACUGUCGUAGGCUUGGGAACCUACGUAUAGAAAAAGAGCUUGUAAGUAUAUUACGGGCAAAAGAUCCCUCUGUCGUGUUUAUAGCCAAGACAUGGGUAGAAGAAGUAAGGCUAGACCGGACACUUAGUUACAUUAAUUUUGAUCAAAAGUGGGUGGUACCAAGAACUACCAGAGGAGGUGGCUUGGUCCUGUUUUGGAAAAAUUCUGUAAACUUGAAGGUAGUAGGCUCCCAUAGAUACUACAUUGAUGCUGUUAUUAAUAAAAAUGAGAGAGACGAAUGGAGGUUCACAGGCUUUUAUGGUGAACCUGAUGCAGCAAAAAGGAAUGAAGCAUGGGCGAAGCUUAGAAGUUUGAACAGCAAUCAAAAUAUUCCUUGGCUGUGUGUUGGUGACUACAAUGAAAUUACCAGACAAGAAGAAAAGAGGAGCGGAGUUUUAAGAAGUUUUAAUCAGAUGCAACUAUUCAGAGACGUAAUUGAUGAGUGUGGGCUUAUGGAUUUGGGAUUUGUGGGCCCAAAGUACUCGUGGAGUAAACAUUUUGAGUCGGGUCAGUCUAUUUGGGAACGCUUGGAUAAGGGUUUAGCAAUGAACAAUUGGUUUUUACUGUUCCCAGAUCCUAGUAGUGCAAUUCUAAAGAAGGUAGCUAAGUGCGAACAGGAUUUAACUUGGUGGAAUAAUAAUUGCUUUGGAAACGUGAGAAGGACAUUGGCAGAUAAGAAGAAGUUAUUGGCUGCUGCAGAAUUAGAAGCAAUGAGAUCGGGGAACAACUCACAGGUUCAACUAUUAAAAGCCGAGGUUAAUGUUUUGAUCCAUAGAGAAUCUAGACUGUGGAGCCAAAGAUCUAGAGUUUUGUGGUUGAGUAAAGGAGAUAGCAACACAAAUUUUUUUCACAGUAAAGCCACUAAGAGACUCCAGAAAAAUUCAAUCCUAGGUAUCCGAGACCUUACUAGGAGGUGGCUGAAUCAAUCAGAGGAUAUUGGUCAGGCCUUUAUCAAUUAUUAUACCGAGCUCUUCUCCUCUUGUCCAGCUAGCCAGUGUGGAGCUCUAGACAAAAUUCCCCAAGUAGUAACAGAAGAAAUGAAUGCUGAUCUGGUUGGAGUUUUUCAUGAAUGGGAAAUCUUGGAUGCUAUUAAACAAAUGGUGCCAUUAAAAGCCCCUGGCCCAGGCAGGAUGCCUCCGUUGUUUUAUCAACAUUUUUGGCCUAUGGUGGAUAAGGAUGUGACUAGCUCUGUCCUCAUGUGGUUGAAUUCAGUCCUAGCAAAUAGGCUGAAAAAGUUUUUGCCUAACCUUAUUACUGAGCACCAGUUAGCAUUUGCAAAAGACCAGCUUAUUACAGACAACAUACUAGUGGUUUUUGAAACAUUACAUCGCAUGAAAAAUCAAACUUCUGGUAAAACAGGUUUUAUGGCUCUCAAGUUAGACAUGAGUAAGGCCUACGAUAGGAUCGAAUGGACUUAUUUGGAAACUCUCAUGUUGAAAAUGGGUUUUUGUGCAAAAUGGAUAUCUCUGAUUAUGGCUUGUGUGAGAUCUGUCACUUACUCGACUUUGAUUAAUGGAGCCCCCUAA